GGCGGCGUGAGGCAGUUACAUGGCUACACCAUGAGUGAAUUUCUACCUGGCACUUUUAUUAGCCCGUAAUAUAUCAUGACUCAAGGCGCGACCGUUAUCGAUGUCGCUGAAGGCGUUUUUGGUUGUUCCGGUGAAUACUUUUGCGAGAGCAGCUUCACCCUCUCGGCAGUCAAAACGUGACGGUGUACGGCGCACCAACGAUCACGGAGCUCCCAUCUUGGCUGGUACGGGACCAACAAACUGUCCCGCCAUCGCCAAAGGCCAGUAUGACCGCAUCAACUCCGUCUGUGGCAAGGGGGCAAACAGCAACCCCCACUACCAUUACUAUUCCUCAGUCUCAGGGUCUUUCCACAGGAGUAAAGAAAGGAAUCGGGGUUACAGUAGCGUUUGUACAGUGAAGCCUCGAUAUAAGGAUACCGAAACUGUCCCCAAAAACUAAGGAUAUACCGAGGUAUUCUUAUAACGAGGUGUGGCACACAGCAAAAUUAAUCCCUGCGGGGCCAGCAGAUGUAUCCUUAUAUCGAGGAUAUCCUUAUAUUGAGUAUCCUUGUAGCGAGGUUUCACUGUACU